UUUUCUUUUCCCAAAAGGCAGAGAAUAUGUUGAGUAGGACUUGUUAUUGACCUUUCAGCUCCAAAAUAAAAGAUGGAGGACGGCCCGUUCAAAGAGGAAUGCUGCUGCUGCUUCUUCUUUUUUUUUUUUUUUUUUUUUUUGGUCAUGAAUGGGUUGAAAAGUAGCUUUAUUCAGCUCCUUUCCCUCCUUGCUGUGCCAACCCUGCCUCCCAGCACACAAUUACAAUGCAGGGCCCCACCCCCGCCAACACACACAUGAACACGCACAUCAUUAACGCACAUUAACACACAAACUCCCAGCCUGCCCCCUGAAGCAUUCGGACAGGAGGGGGUGGGUUUCCCCAACUAUUUAAACAGAUUCCAGCAGAUGGUUGAGGAACUUUCCUGCACUGCACUGCAGCCAACAGACCGAAGCUUCAUCAAUCCAGAACCAGAACAUUUUUAAAAAUCAACCCCGGUCAAGACCACUGGAACAACAACAAAAAAAACUUCUUCAGAGUUCCUCCAAGCUGCCAGAAAUUACUAUAGUCUCCUGGAAAUCGAUCUGUUGUGGAUCAGACAUCAGGCUGCUUCACUUGGUGAAGACCGUGGAGGGAAUCAUGCCGUCCGACUCCCUGACGCCUUUCCUGGAACUGGAUGAGGAGUUCUGCAAGAAUUUCUGCGGCCUGGAGGCGACAGAUGGCGCCUCUGGUGGCUCGAUGUCUCACAGUCAGAGAGUCCUGGGCUUCCAGAGACGCCACUCCCUCUGCCCCGUGACCCUGCCAAACUCCAAGUUCAACAGCGGCUUGGAGGCCGCGGAGCCGGCCUGCUGCUGGGGCCUCGGCCUGGCCUCCAGCCAGCAGUGGAGCCGGGCGCUGCCCCGCUCCUCCCUCAGUCACAUCCCCUUCCGGGUCGACCGCUCGGUCAGCAUGAUCGAGGGGAACCUGCGGGAGGACAAAACGCUGCCGCCACCGCCGGGUCUGUGCAUCAGCAAGCCGCCGCAGGCGCCGCCGCACAUCUCCAGCCGCUACAAAACGGAACUGUGCCGCACCUUCGAGGAGAGCGGCACCUGCAAGUACGGCGCCAAGUGCCAGUUCGCCCACGGCCUGGACGAGCUGAGGGGCCUCAGCAGGCACCCCAAGUACAAAACCGAGCCCUGCCGCACUUUCCACACCAUCGGCUUCUGUCCGUACGGCGCCCGCUGCCACUUCAUCCACAACGCAGACGAGGUGCAAGCCAUCGCGACCCAGAGGCACAAGCCGCCAAUGCUGCGGCACAGCCUCAGCUUUGCUGGCUUCUCCUCUUCCUCCCACAUCUUCCAGCCUGUCCAGGAGCCUUCCUGCCUCCUCUUCACCCGGGCCUCCUCCGUCUCUCCUCCGCCCUCCUCCUCGGGGAGUCCGGAGCUGCUUUCGCCUCUCUUGCCUGAACCGGGGCCUCUCAAGCAUUGCUCGUACCCGUUCUCCGGUAUCGGCGACGGCGGAGACUCUUCUCUCUGCUUCUUCGCCUCCGGCAACCAGAACCUCCCGUUUCGGCUCCCCCUGCAGCCGCCAGUCUCCCUGAACAGCUUCCCCUCGCUGCAGCGAUGCUCCUCCGCCGACUCCCUCUCCGAGGAGGGCUACACCUCCUCCUGUUCCCUCAGCUCCUCCUCCAGUGGCACCGAGUCUCCCAGCUUCGAGGGUCGGCGUCUCCCCAUCUUCAGCCGCCUCUCCGUCUCAGACGAGUAGGGAGGAGUUCUGCUUUGAGGCUGAGUUCGAUCAGGAAUGGGUUUAAAUUUACAGAGUGUAACUUUUACAAAAAAAUAAAAAAUAAAAUGACGGAGUAUUAGGGUCAAAUUAACAAAAUAAUCCCCACCAGUAGACCUGCCAUGAAUGCUAGUGCUAGUCACGACAGUUUUCCUGGAACUCCGCCAUUAGCACAUUUAGCAACGCAUAUACAAGGUUGAUUGACAGGGCUAAGACCCUCCUCCUAGCUCUGAUUGGUUGUUUCUGACCGGGAGCGGUAGCACUGGGAGGAAGUUCAGUCCCUUCACAGAUUAUCUCUCUCUUACCAUAGAACCAGGGAAUAUUAGGGCCAUAAAAAGAAAAAAUCACAUUAUUACAACUUUAUUCUCAUAUUAUUUCAAUUUUAUUCUUGUACGAGUUUAUUCUUCUAAUAUUAUUACUCUAUUCUCAUAAUUUUAUGACCUUGUCCUUCUAAUUUUUUUUUCUUAGUAAGGCUCUAAUAAUCCGUCUAAUGUUUGAGACAGAUAAUCUGAAAAACAAAAUCAAGCUCCUCUUGCUCUCUGAAGAAAUGCAAUGCUCCCGUUAAAAAGCAACCAAUCAGAGACAGGAAGAGACUGUUAGCGCUGUCAAUCAUGUUGGUGUACCUGCUGCUAAAUAUGCUAAUGGUUGAGAAGUAACUUAGUGUUACAGGAAAACCAUUUAUUUACUGUCAUUGGUGGCCAUGCUAACUAGCAUUAUCAUUUAUGACAAGCUCUGCAGCAUAACAGGGUGUACACAAUCAUGAUUGACAGCGCUCUGAUUGGUUGUUUGAGGAGCUCGAUUGUCUUUUUUCUACAUAUAAUCUGUCUCAUAACAAAUAUUUUAAAAAUAAAAACAUUUUUUCUAGAAGUUACAUGCGUCAGCUCUUUAACCACGAUGUUAGCAGAUCCAGCCGAGAGAACGUGCCUAUCUUUGUGCAUAUUGCAUUUCUUCCACCCAAGCAGCUGUAGUGCUGCUCAGUGUUUGUCCAGUUUUAGCUGACUCCCUUUCCUGUUUAUUGUUUCAUUGAUUAUUGGUCUUUAAUUGUAUUUUAUGCCAUUGUAACUGCUGUAUACUGUUGUAUACCUGUUAGAAUAACUGGAGGGUACGCGACUCAGCAUUCGUCUCCAUGCUGUUCCUGAUCAGUAGAAAGUUCUGUGUGAGAAUUUUCUCUACCCUAAUUUCAAGAUUUUGUUUUUUUUUAUUUGUCUUCUCCAAGAAAGUGUGUGGACUUAAUUUCUUACUCCAGUCCUCAGAAAUCUCCCUGCAAAAUCCCAUUUCGGACUCUCCAACUGUGUUUAGUUGGCCUCUUUCUUGUGCAAGUGUAACAGGAUUUAUCAGCUGUACGCUGUCACUGAUUGAUUAGUUGAUUGGUUGCAUUGCUGUGGCCACAUGAUUGUAUUUGUCAGCCAUUUUUAAACUGUCUGACUGAUUCAGCUGAACUGCCUUAGCACAGAUUGUAGGAAGCCUCUAGUUACCAAAGUUCCUCUAACAUUCUCGUCCUGCUAACCCCUGCAAAAAAAUUUACCUUAACAUGUAUUUUUGGUCUAGUUUGUAAUGAAUACAUCUUAGUACACUUGAAAUAAGACAAAACUAACUUACAAGUAACUUUUCAGGGAGGUGCAGGUUUUUUCUUAAUAUUCAUGAAAAGUUGGUGGAUUAUUUCAUUUAUAACAAGGGAAAAUGUCUUGCUAUAGGUGAAAUAAUUACAGUCAUGCUUUUUCACCAACAUUAAGGAAUUAUUUACUUAAAAUAAGCUUACAUAUCUUGCUGAAAAGUUACUUGCAAGUUAGUUUUGUCUUACAUUGAGUGCACUUGAAACUACUUGUUAAUAUUUUGUGUUUUUGCAGUGUAGCUUUAGCUACAGCAGGUUAUAUACAGUGUUAUAAUUAUUAACAUAGCCUAACAUUUUUCUAGGACUAUUUAUUGCUUUUUGCAUGUUUAUUUCUUCUUGAUUUGAGAUUUUUUUUGUUUUUUGAAAUAAGAAAUUACGCUUUACUUUAGCGGUUCAUGUUCUCUGCUUGGUUAACCGGAAGCUUUAAUGACGGGACUGAUGGAGAGGAGGGGAAAGGAGGAAGCAAACAUUUUGGCAUUCUUUAUUUUUGGUUGCCUUAUCAGCAGAGAUCAAAACGUUCGUUCUGCUCUCCUCUCCGUUAAACCUCCGACUGUAAGGAAAAAAUAACGUUGGUAAUUAUGAUUCAGCCGUUUAGUAGAAAGAAAAUCCGUUUUUCAUGAUUGUUAAAAUGUAACCUGACAUGCAGCGCCGUCAACACUGUGUUGGUUUCUUUAUUGCUGUUGUAUUAUAUUGUUGUAUAGUAGAUUUUUCAGAGUCGGCUCAAUGACAAUGAGUUUGUAGGUCGAUUUCUGUUGCACACCAGCCAGCUGGCCCGGCUCUGACCGGCAGGCGAAAUCAUGCGAGUUCGAGGGAAAUCAGGAAGUUUCAUUCUGGUUUCCUCCUAAAAUCAUCUCAGCCGCCUGUCCUGAUGAGGCCAGAGAUGUUUCUUUUUUUUUUUUU